CCUCUCUAUUACCAGUACAUUAUAUUGAAGAAAGUAUAGACAUAUAUAUCUAGAGAGAGAGAGAGAGAGAGUAGAGGAGGGUACGAUGAAGCACAUUUUCAAGAAGCUUCACAUAGGAAGCAAUCACGAGCCCAAUCGAUCCAACGAGACGACUUCAACUUUAUCUCCUUCGUGUGCCUCCGAUCACCGUGCAGCUUCCGGCCAGAACUCUGGCCAGUCUCCGGCGGCGAGUCCUUCAAGCUCCUCGCCAUCGACGGCCACCGUUCCGGUCGGCGGAACAAGCACUCCGGCGACACCGUCUGUGAACCGGCAUGACUAUUACUCUUCGGAAGAGGAAUAUCAGGUGCAGUUAGCCCUUGCUCUCAGCGUUUCGGGUCCGGACUCGCAUGACGAUGCUGAGAAGGAUCAGAUCCGCGCGGCGACGUUGCUGAGCUUGGGGCGCAAUCGGAGCGAUUCUGCUCGGGAUAGGGACGGCGGCGCUCAAUUGUUGUCGCGUCAGUACUGGGAUUACAGUGUCCUUGACUAUGAGGAGAAAGUGGUGGAUGGUUUUUAUGAUGUAUAUGGGCUUUCAACAGAUCCUGCAAUCCAAAGAAAAAUGCCAUCACUCGCAGAUCUUGAAACAACCCCUGGGAGUUCUGGCUUUGAAGUCAUAAUAGUUAACAGAGUGAUUGACCCUUCCCUUGAAGAGUUGGUGCAGGUGGCGCACUGUAUUGCACUAGACUGCUCUGCUGCUGAGGCUGCUGUUUUGGUACAAAGGCUUGCUGAACUAGUUACUGACCACAUGGGUGGGCCAGUCAGGGAUGCUAAUAUCAUGUUGGCAAGAUGGAUGGAAAGAAGCACAGAAUUGCGAACCUCUCUUCACACCAGUGUGUUACCCAUUGGUUCCUUAAAGAUUGGGCUGUCACGUCACCGUGCUUUGCUUUUCAAGGUUUUAGCUGAUACUGUUGGAAUACCUUGUAGACUAGUAAAAGGUAGUCAUUACACUGGCGUUGAGGAUGAUGCUGUCAACAUUAUAAAGUUGGCAAAUGAAAGUGAGUUCUUGGUUGAUCUCAUGGGAGCCCCUGGAACACUUAUACCAGCUGAUGUCCUGAGUGCAAUGGAUUCAUCCUUUAUGUCAUACAAUCCAAAAUUAAGCAAACUUCCAACUCUUCAGUCAACUAAUGACUCUGAAGUUGUUUUCACAAGAUCCAAUCAACCACUUGGUGAAUGUGAAGGCAGUGGUCAAAACUCUGCAGUUGAGAAUAGUUUGCCAUUGGGUAGAAAGCCAUAUGGUGACACGGGGGCUGGUUCUUCUAGAACUAAUAAAGUGAUUCCUUCUAAUCAGUUGAAUCAUAUACCCUCAUUGGCAAUUGGUAGUUCUCUGUAUAAAGGGGGUCGGGGGCUCAAUGCAGUAGGUGAUGGCUCAAGGAUGAAUGUUAAUGUGGUUCCAUAUAGUCAGAAUACUGCAGAUGAUUCUAAAAAUCUCUUCUCCGAUCUUAAUCCAUUCCUGAUAAAAGGAUCUGGUACUUCUUCUGUACAGAACAACCCUGAGAAAAAAGUUGACAAGUUACGAAAGCCAAAAAAUGACCUUGAUUCUGGUCAACCUCCUGUCCCAUUAAUGUGGAAGAAUAAUUUUGCUUGCAAUGAGGUCCCUAGGAAAAAAGAGUAUGAUUUUGUGGAGGGCCUCUUUCCAAGAAAUAAUUGUGAAGCCAAUGAUUAUAAUGUGUCAUCUUUACCUUCCACCAGUUCCACUGCAUCAUCAGAAGUCUAUCCUGAUGUUUCCAAGUUACCUAAUAUUUCGUAUCCCACCCAUCGUGAUGGUGUUGAUAGGGAUUCUUCUAUUUUUAGCAAUUGGGUGUUGGCACCAACUAAGAGUCAGUUCAGCAGGUUGUCUUCAGAGGAGGAUUUGAGCAUUCACCAUAAGGAAAAAUAUCACAGGGAUGAGGCCUUGCAAAAUGAUGAGUUAGACAUGGCAAAAGAACAUGGAAAGAAUGUUGUCAUUGUAAAUGAUCAUAGGAAGCGCGCACAAGAUAGAUUUAUGGGGACCAAUUCAAAGUCAAAUGGCCAAGAGAAUCCAAGCUCGAUAGCUGCUUCUGGUGCAACUCAGGUUGAUCCAGUAAUAGACGAUGUUGGUGAAUGUGAAAUUCCGUGGGAAGAUUUGGUACUUGGUGAAAGGAUUGGACUAGGUUCUUAUGGAGAGGUCUACCAUGCUGAUUGGAAUGGCACUGAGGUUGCUGUGAAGAAAUUUUUAGACCAAGAUUUCUCUGGUGCUGCUUUGGCUGAGUUUAAGAGAGAAGUGCGGAUAAUGCGUAGACUUCGCCAUCCAAAUGUUGUUCUCUUCAUGGGUGCUGUCACUCGCCCUCCGAACCUCUCUAUUAUCACCGAGUUUCUCCCAAGAGGAAGCUUAUAUCGGAUUAUUCAUCGUCCUCAAUGUCAAAUUGAUGAAAAGCGUAGAAUUAAAAUGGCUCUUGAUGUGGCAAAGGGUAUGAAUUGCUUGCAUGCCAGUAUACCAACAAUUGUUCACCGUGAUUUGAAGUCGCCAAAUUUGUUGGUUGAUAAGAAUUGGAAUGUUAAGGUAGGUGAUUUUGGGUUGUCACGCUUGAAGCACAACACAUUUUUGUCAUCGAAAUCAACAGCUGGAACGCCCGAGUGGAUGGCACCAGAAGUUCUUCGCAAUGAACCUUCAAAUGAGAAGUGCGAUGUAUAUAGCUUUGGCAUCAUCCUGUGGGAGCUUGCCACUUUGAGAUUGCCUUGGAGUGGGAUGAAUCCGAUGCAAGUUGUGGGUGCUGUUGGUUUCCAAAACCGUCGCCUUGAAAUCCCCAAGGAAGUUGACCCCUUGGUUGCAAGGAUAAUUUGGGAGUGUUGGCAGACUGAUCCAAAUUUGCGCCCUUCGUUUGAACAGUUGAUGGUGGCUCUAAAACCCUUGCAGCGGCUGGUCAUCCCUUCACAUUUUGACCAGCAAAGCUCGCCUCUACCACAAGAGAUCACAGUGAAUUCUACACCGUGAGAUUCCCAACUCCUCAAGGAGACAAUUCUGUUUGCCUAGGAUGAGAGUGGUACAAGAACCACCAGAAUGAACGAGAGAAGCAUUUUAAAGCAAUGGCUAAUGUUCAGAGAUGGGAAUCAAUGUGUUAUUUGGCACGGCAGUCCAAAGACUGAGGUAGCCUUUCUUGUACAGUGGGUGUGCAAAGUUUUUGGUCCCCUUGAAAUGACACUUUGGGGUGUAUAUAUUUUAUAAACCCUUGAAGCAUAUUGGUAAAUUGUCAUUAAAUUUGGAAAUUUUGUAAUUUUAUUUAAAAAAAAUUAAAUUCAUUAUAAUUCUUGAUUAAAUGGAUGUUCAUACCUAUUGCUGUUCUUA